AUGUCCGCCGUUUUUGCUCAGUUGAACCAGGGUGAGGCUAUCACCUCUGGUCUCCGGAAAGUCGACAAGUCCGAAAUGACGCACAAGAACCCUAGCCUUCGCACAAGCUCAACCGUUCCAGAGCGCCCUGACUCGCAAGGCAGCAUCUCUCGCUCCAAGUCGCCAGCCCCGAGCAAGAAGCCUAAGCCAGAGAGCAUGCGUGUCCGUAAACCUCCUCGUAAGGAGCUCGAGAGUAACAAGUGGUACAUCGAGAACUUCGAUAACGCGGGUGAAAUCGUUGAGAUCCCUGCCCUGCAGAACCAGUCCAUCCUUAUCUCCCGUUGCAACAAGACCAUUGUGAAGGUGUCUAGCAAAGCCAAUGCCAUCGCCAUCGACAACUGCAAGGAACUCUCCAUCAUUGUUGACUCCCUCGUGAGCAGCCUUGAUGUCAUUAAGUGUACCAAAUUCGCUCUCCAGAUCGACGGUGUGGUGCCCACGCUCUUGCUGGACCAGGUGGACGGUGCCACGGUCUAUCUCGGCUCACAGAGCUUGAACACCGAGGUUUUCUCCAGCAAAUGCACAGCGAUCAAUAUCAUGCUUCCUCCAAAGGAGGGAACAGACGAAGAUACCAAGGAGUGCCCGGUUCCCGAACAAAUCAAAUCCUACGUCAAAGACGGUGUCCUGGUGAACGAGAUCGUCGAGCACGCAGGCUAA